ACCCUCCGCACUUCACGUGAGGGGAAGCCGAUUGCCUUGCUCCAGGAGACAAGGCACAGCCCCCGGCGGCGGCCAGGGGUCGCGGCCCGCUCCUGCCGCAGCGCAGAAACCGCAGGUGCCGGUGGGCCGAGCCUCCCGCUUGUCCUCCGCUUGCCCUCCGCUGCCCCGUGCGGGGUGCCCACCCUCGGGGUCUCCCAGGCGGCUCGGCGGCCCCAGAGGGACGCUGAUGCUGGGACGACCCGAGCUGCCUCUGCGAGCGCAACGCAUGCGUUCCCGAGCACACCCGGGCCUUGGGGCCCGUGUGCCAUCGAUGAGCGGAGAAAUAUAGAGGUGUGUUCCAGAGGUGACAGUUCAUGGCACAGACAGUUAGAGCAUGCUAUUUGGCACUUACUUUUGUCAUCAUGUCGUUGCUGGUUAAAGCAAAAAUAGACGUGUGCAGGAGAGGCGAUGUGACUGUGAAGCCCUCCCACGUGAUUUCUCUUGGAUCAGCUGUCAGUAUCUCCUGCUCUUUGAAGACCAAACAAGGCUGCCCUCGGUAUUCCAGUUUUAACAAGCUAAUCCUCUACAAAUUCUACCAAAGGAUCCUGUUACAGCGUGGCCACUUCCUCAGUUUCCAAGUCUCAGAUCUUCCUCUGGGGACAACAGUGUUUGUCUGCAAACUGAGCUGUAGCACUGGUGAGGAGAUUCGAAUAUGUGGGGCAGAGAUCUCAGUUGGCGUUGUUCCAGAGCAGCCUCAAAACUUAUCUUGUACACAGAAGGGAGAACGUGGGACAGUGGCUUGCACCUGGGACAGAGGACGAGACACCCACCUAUUUACUGCAUACACUUUACAGUUAAAUGGACCAAAAAAUUUAACUUGGCAGAAGCAGUGUAAUGAUAAUUGUGACCAUUUGGACCUUGGAAUCAACCUAAUCCCUGAAUCAUCUGAAUUCAGUUACACAGCCAAGGUUAUUGCUGUCAAUAGUCUUGGAAGUGCUUCUUCAUUCCCAGCCACAUUCACAUUCUUGGAUAUAGUGAGGCCUCUUCCUCCGUGGGACAUCCGAAUCAAAUUUGUAAAUGCUUCUGUGAGCAGAUGCACUCUUUGGUGGAGAGAUGAGGGGAUGGUGCUGCUUAAUCGACUCAGAUAUCGGCCCAAUAACAACAGAUCCUGGAAAAUGGUUAAUGCUACAAAUGCCAAAGGAAGACAUGAUUUGUUGGAUCUGGAACCAUUUACAGAAUAUGAAUUUCAGGUUUCCUCUAAGCUGCAUCUUUAUAAAGGUAGUUGGAGUGACUGGAGUGAAUCAUUGAGAGUUCAAACACCAGAAGAAGAGCCUACUGGGUCACUAGAUGUCUGGUACAUGAAACAGAACAUUGACUACAGUAAACAACAGAUUUCUCUUUUCUGGAAGAAUCUGAGUGUAUCAGAGGCAAGAGGAAAAAUCCUCCACUAUCAGGUGACUUUGCUGGACAUGGCAGGGAAGAAACCCACACUACAGAAUACCACAGAACAUACCUCCUGGACCUGGGUCAGCCCCAGAACUGAGAACUGGACUGUGGCCGUGUCUGCAGCUAACUCAAAAGGCAGUUCCCUGCCCACUCGUAUUAACAUAACGGACCUGUGUGGAGCAGGGUUGUUGGCUCCUGGCCAGGUCUCUGCAAACUCAGAGGGCACAGACAACAUUAUGGUGACGUGGGAGCCUCCUGGGAAAGCUGCCUCCACUGUUCAAGAGUACGUGGUGGAAUGGAGGGAGCUGCAUCCGGGGGGUGGCAUGCGGCUCUCUCUAAACUGGCUGCGGACUCCUCCUUACAAUGUGUCCACUUUGAUUUCAGAGAACAUAAAACCCUACAUCUGUUAUGAAAUCCGUGUGCAUGCACUCUCGGGGGGCCAAGGAGGAUGCAGCUCCAUCCGGGGUAACUCUAAGCACAAAGCACCACUGAGUGGGCCCCACAUUAAUGCCAUCACAGAGGAAAAGGGGAGCAUUCUAAUUUCAUGGAGUGAAAUUCCAGCCCAGGAACAAAUGGGCUGCAUCCUCCAUUACAGGAUAUACUGGAAGGAACAGGACUCCAGCUCCCAACCUCAACUUCGUGAAAUUCCCUAUAGGGUCUCUCCCAACUCACACGCAGUGAACAGCCUGCAGCCCAGAGUGAGAUACGUCCUGUGGAUGACAGCUCUGACAGCUGCUGGCGAGAGCCCCCGUGGAAAAGAGAGGGAGUUUAGUCUGCAGGGUAAAGCCAGUUGGAGCACAUUUAUGGUCCUGAGCAUUUGCACUGCUGUCAUCGUUGUGGUCAUUUUCUCAAUGCGUUCCUCCCGGCAAAAGCUAUCUGCCCUCCUUUCAGGCCUCAGACCUCAGUGGUGUAGCAGACAAAUUCCAGACCCAGCGAACAGCACAUGGGCCAAGAAAUAUCUCAUUGUGGAGGAGAAGAUGCAGCUGCCCUUGGACAGGAUCCUAACAGACUGGCCCACUCCAAAAGAACCUGAGCCCCUGGUCAUCAGCGAAGUCCUUCACCAAGUGACCCCAGCCUUCAGAUGUCUUGUUCGCCCCAAAUGGCCAGAAAAGGGAAGAGGAGUCCAAGGUCACUAUACCUCUGAGGAAGACACAGGGUACAGUGCUUCAGGCUCACCACCUCCAAGAGCUCUCACAGCAGAGACAGGACAGCUAGUGGAUCUGUACAAGGUGCUGGGUAGCAGGGACCCUGACUCAAAGCCAGGAAACCUAGCAAGCCCCUCGCCAGUCCUCCCAGUGGACUACCUUCCCACCCACGAGGGCUACUUACCCUCCAACGUAGAUUAUAUCCCUUCACAAGAGGCUCCUGUAACUGAGCCUCCAGAAGAACUGGAGCCUCAGCGUAUCUCCCUUUCUGUUUUUCCCUCAAGCUCCCUUCACCCACUCACCUUCUCCUGUGGAGAGAAGCUGACUUUGGAUCGGUUGAAAAUGGGGUGUGGCUCCCUCAUGCUUUGAGUGAGGGUUGAAACUUGGCAAGUGCUCCCAACCAGCACAGCAUGCCCAUCUACCCAGCCCUCUGCUCCAGCUGUCAGCUCGUGUGGCUGCUACUAUUUGGUCUGUUUGCAGCUAGAGGACAGUCAAGCCAGCUCAGGGUGAAUCUUGGGGAACUGAGUUGACUGCAGCCCAGAUACCUCAUCUGGCCUUCUCCAGAGGCUUCAGAUUACAUCCUUCACUGUAUGGACCUGGAGACUCCAGUCUAAAUUCUUGCAGCUUUCUUGGCUAUGGUGGCUGGAAAAGGGGAGCGUGGAAACCAAAAUGCUUACUAGCGAUGUUGUUUAUAAAGCAGCUACUACAUACCAGGUCUUAGGGUGAGAUCAGUCCUGUCCAAUAGGCCUAUCUACACUGCUGAAUAUGCUACACACUAACAAGUGGCUGUUCACACUUUGAAACGUGUCUUGUAUGAAGAACUGAAUUUGGAUUGUAAUUGAAAGUCACAUGUGGCUAGUGCUACUGUAUUAAAGACAGCUACAGAUAGAUGAUGGAUACAUUAGUGAGAAUUACCAGGGAACUUCAAAAUACAUCAUCCUAGUUUUUUACCAACAUGAGACCCUGGUGUACAAUAUAAAAGGACUUCCAAGAUGGUGGUGAUUGUCCUUAUUUAUGGAAGCCUAAGAAUGUGCCUUCCCCUAGUUUUGCUGGUUUACUUUGCCUUAGCCUUUCAGUGAAUCAAGAGCAGCUUGAUUGUGGAAAAGCUACUUGCAAACCCACCUUACAAUUUUAUGCAAGGAGCCACCCCUCUGAAAUCAGAGGUCUUGAAAAACAGUGGGCCAAAAGCUCUCUGCCUGCCUUCUUUCUGAUGCAGAGGGCGCUGCCCUGAGGACCAGAGCUGUCAGGGUUUAAGACCCAAACUGCCACAGUUGUAAAGUGUCCUUCACUUUCUUUCCUGAAGAAAACCAAGCUGGUCCUUAUAGCUCAAACUAAGCCUAGAAGAGUAUUAUUUCCCCCAGCACAACUUGAGAUGUGAUACAUGUUUUACUCCUUUAGAGCUGUGGUCCUGGCCUGUCACCCUCCCCAUGCCAGUCACUGUCUGUAUCCUGUCCCCUAGAGGCACUUCUGCUAACCUCGUUUCAUUGCUAAUACCCUUCCCAAGAAACAGCAUAAAAGGUCCAAGAACUUUUUUCUUAAAUCCCUGUCAGACAUGGGGCCUACCUCCUACCCCCAUCCCACCCAAACUGGAACUGAGGCAGGUAACCUGCAGAGGCCUAGAAAUUGAACUAACCUUGCUCUGGUUGUUCAUGUUUGAGUCUUCAUCCACGCUUCUUGCCAUUCCAGAGUUAACAUACUUAGUCCUCCCAGGCUUUUUCUUCUUACAUACAUGUUUUACUCUAGCUGCCAUGCAGCACCCCCCCAACCCCAGCUGCCACCAGUACCUUGCCAUCUGAGCUUCAGCACUGGCUGCUCUGCACCCAGGAUAGCUUACCUUGUUUGCAAUGGGCCACAAGGUCACCUCUUGACAAGGGAAGCCAACUUUUCUUGCAAUACCUGUGUUUUGUAUCCUUUGCUGUCCUCUUAUCACCUAAUACCUUAGCCACUCUUCUCUUUCCCACUUGGCCCCAAAGACCAGCUCCAAGUCUUUUUACCCUCAUCCUCCACAUCCUUUCCCUUAAAAGCAGUCCCUUUUUCCCCCUAAAUAAGAAAAAAUAUAUAAAGCUUAAUUUUAAAAAGGGAGACCUCCCUGACUCCUCAAGGCUCCUUUUCAAGAUGGAGAGGCUUCCUUGGUGCUCCACUAGCACGAUGCCCACACCAUCUACUUCCUCUACUAAACUGCCAACAACCCCAACAGCAGGAAUUAUGCAAUGUUUCUUCAGCAUGGUACCUGAUACAGAUACCAGCCACCACUUUCUUGCUCCAGUUCCUGAAGCCAGUCCAGCUGUGCAUGCUCACUUUUUACUGGGACAACUGAGUUUGCAUUUGUUCUUCAUUCCCAACCCUCUCCACCCUCACUGUACACUGGCAGCACUGCUACAAGUAGCAAUGUUUAAAAAUAUAUUUGAGCAAGACUUUUUGCGGCUUGUCCUACCAGAUAAAAUGUCCUCUUUCCAUAAAUGAGAAUGGGUAACCUUGUUCUAUCCUUACCCCUCAUUUUCAUAUACCUACCCCCUUCCUGCCACACACAAAAUUUCAAAACAGGUUGCCUAGUGUACCAGGACUAAGUGGAGCUUAUUGAUAUUCAAGACUCAUUCCUCAAGAAAACUAGCAGUGAUUUAAAUCCUCACCCAAUAUACUUCCAAAGCCAACCCAGAUAGAUACCUCUGCUCUGUUCAAACAUUAAAUUCCUUACUUUUCUGGGACCUAAAUAUAAAGUCCCAAGUUCAUACUUGCUGGAUAUAUGGCAACCUUCCUCAUUAAUUUUUGUGUACAAAUCCGUACUUUGAAUUGUUCCUCGAAAAGACCCUCCUUCCCAGAAGCCAGAGAUUCUAUUUCCUGGGCUUCUGACUUCUUUGUAGACAACAGGAGAGCCAAACUCCUUACCUAGUUCUGGUCUUUUACUGCCUUUCCCCCUCCACCCUGUCCCAAUUUCUCAGCUUCCAUUAAUAUCCUACAGCUGCAACUCACCAGCGCGCUGAAGCCUGUGAAAGAUGCCAAGCUAGGCAUUCUAUUCUAGUCAACCUCCCAUGUUUGAAUGUUUUUUUUGUUUUUUUUUUGAAGCUCCAACUUUUCCUUUCACGUGCUGUAGUUGUCAUGUGUUGUAGUUGUCAUGUGUCCCGAUACCACUGCUCAAGCACUCUAAGAGUCCUGUUUUGCUCUUACUAAUCUGCAAGACUCAUGGAUGUUCACAUUAUCCCAUUUUAUAAAGGCUGACUGAUAGGUGACUCCUCAUACUCUCUAGAAUAAGAGAUCAGAAAGGUCUCUUCUUCCUCCUAAAAAAAAAAAUAGAAACAAUUCAAUCAAUUGGCUAAUUGACAACUAAAAGAAACAAGUCAGAUCUUCGAAUCAGCCUAUACGGAAAUAAAUCUUCAAUGAAAAAUUUGCAAAACACACACACAUCAAGUUAGAUAAAAAUAUUUGCAAUACAUGCCCAAAGUAACUUAGGGCAUUCUCACAGAUCAAUAUGAAAAAAGUCAACAUUUCAAAGAAUGGACUGAGAAGCACAAAACAGUAAAUUUCAAUAAUAGUGUCACCUCAAUAAAUUCAGUAAAAAGAAAAAAAAUUAAAUGCUCAAUAUUCAUGAAGAAAAUAAUCACCUGUAAUCAAAGGAAUAAAAUUAAACACCACUUUCCAUCAAUCAAAUUAGAGAAAUUAAAAAAUUACCCAGUAUUAAUUAGAGAUGGUGUUUGCAACCAGGUAUGCUAGAUGACUCCUUUCUGGAGGCAGUUGGGCAGUACUUUUUAAAAUUUCAAUAAACUCCACUCCUAGCAAUGCAGACUAGAGAACAGUAUGAGUUAUUACAGCACUGAUUAAAACAGGGAGAGGGACCUAAAUGCCCUUUAAAAGGAACUUGGUUAAUCUAUACAACAAAACAGCAUCAUGCAAUCAAAGACUAUGAAUUUCAGAACACCCCCACCAUUAUAUUAUGUUCUGAGUUGAAAAAGAAAAAAGCCACUAAAACUGAAAUAUGCUGUUGAUUUCUAUGGUGCAUGAAUUCCCCCAUCCCCCCGCCAAGAUGACUGAAACCGGGAUGGAUCUUAGAGUUCAUGAAAAACGCAAUAUGCAAUCUUUCAAAAAGCAGAGCAAUAUUUGGUACGGAAAUGGUCGAUUACAAAAGAAUGAACAGAAUCAUAUCACUGUCAUAAAUCAAGCAAACAGGUUUUUGAAAUAGACACAAAAACGCUAACAGUGGUUUCCUUUAGCCAUAGGUUUUUAAAUUGUUUCUACAUUUUCAUUACAAAUAUUCCUUAUUCUUAUAAUUGGAUAGUCAAUACAAUAUAACCAAUUCUUUUCCCCCAAAGGCCUGACACAAUAGGUCUAGAGACAAACAUGACCAACCACUUUUUUUUAAGGCCAUGUCGCUUUCAGGCUCCAUCUAUCUGACAUUUUCACUGGCCUUUAUUACUCCUGUCAGUUAGUAGAAAAGGCAAAGGAAGAUAAAACACCUAGUGAUGGUGGGGUUGGGGGCGUUAGGGUAACAACUGAAGCAAUGGAUCUCUGAAAUACAAAGUUGAUAUAACAAGCCAAAUUCCCAUUCAAUGUAUGCAACACAAUGCAUUCGAUCCUCGGCUUCCUCUCUGGAUUGGUUCCAGGACCACCCCUACCUGCAGAUGUCAAAAUCCUCCGAUGCGCAGUCCCUUAUAUAAAAUGGUGGAUUUGCACAUAAUAUACACACAUCCUUUCAGGUACUUAAAGUCUCUAGAUUAUACCUAACACAACAUAAAUAGUUGUAAUGUUUAAGGAAUGACAAGAAAUGGCUUUACCUAUUCACAGUAGGUCUAACCACAUAGCACAUGUCACCAACAAUGUAACACCUUUUUUGGAUAUUUUAAUCCUCGGCUGAAUCUGUGGAUUUAGAACCGUGGAUAGAGAAGGCAAUGUAUUUAGUCCAUGUUGAUUUUAAGGUACGUAAUUCAGUUCUCACCAUGACUGGUUUAAGAUAGGUGUUAUCUCCAUUCUAGAGAAAAGGAAACUGAAAUACAGGUGAAUGGUUAAGUCACACUACUGGUACCUAAUACAUGACAGUCUGGCUUCAGAGCAUAACUUUCAACUAUACAAAUUCCUUUCAAUGCAAAUGAGUGCUCUAAAAACUUACAUCAAUUGGGGUUCUAACUGCAGUUGACUAAAACUGUUGCCAUAAAAAUCUUUGGAGCUGUUUUUACUAAAUAACCAAAACCUGGAAUUUCCAUGUUUCUCGAGUCCCACCUAGAUCAUUCUUGGUUCCCAAGAAAUCUACCUUUAAAAACUAGGUAAAUUUUCAAAUGACAAUCUGGUACUCCUGGAUUUGCUAAUUUAUCUACCCAGCUAAUCUAAAUCCUACAAGGCACAGGUAGGCAAAGGAAAAAAAAAAAAAAAAGGCCACAGAAAAGAACACUCCCCCAAAAAGCCCAUUAUGUUAAGGGAAUUGAUAUAUGGAGUAUUUAAAGCUAUUAAAAAAUUAAGUUUUUUAAAUAGAAAAGCAAGCAGAGGAACUGUGCUAUAACCCCACCUGCUAUACCUACUGAAUUUUUUCCAACUUGACGGCUAUGAUUUCCUAAGCAAAAAGAAAUUAGGGCUGCAUGACUCAAUUUUAUUGCUUGUAUUAAUUGUUAAAAUAUAAAUGCCUUGCCUUUACUUUAUGGUAAAGGCCACACAUUUUGCUAGUGCUCCUUUAUUUACAAGUGGUUUUUCAAUUGGUUCUGCUUUCAAUCACAUCUCUAAGAAACAUACAAACCUAUUACCACUUCUCAAUUUCCACAACUGUAAGGAAUUAUUCCUUAAGAGCCUGGCCUUGCCAAUACAAGGUAAUUUCAAAACACCUUCUCCGCCUUUGCCAAUUUCAGGCAUUUUACUACCUAUAGGUAAUAGAACCCAAGGAAAUGUUAUAAAAGGUACUAUGAGAGUCAGAGCAUUAACUAUUCUGAAAGGCCUUGAAUUUUCACUGGAAAAUCAGGCCCACCCACAAGCAUGACAUUUUCAUUACAUUUAAAAAGCUACAAAAACAUUUUCAAAAUACAAUGAAAAUUAGUAAUGAGAAACACUUGUUCUUUACAUCGCACUUCACUUGCUGAAAUGGCUUAUAUGUCUCUCUGCACAUUAGCUGAGAAUGUGGCCUGUGUUAACCGGUUAUUUUCCUUGUGCUGUCUAAACCAAGGAGCUGGUAGACCCUCCCCCAGCCCUCAUGAAUCAAAAAAAUUUCAAGGGUGAAAAUGGAACACCGCAAGAUUUAGAAACAGAUAUCUCAACUUUAUUCCACCACAAAGGGAGUAAAAGACCAUCUGCCUUCCUUUCACAACACUGUAGAAAUACUUCUUUCCCAAUGUUUUUCUCCUCUCAUUCUUGUACAACUCCACAGACAGGAUUCCUUUGCAUUCCUAUAAACACUUCCUUUAGUUUACCCUCUCUGGCCUAUGGCAGGGUAGCUUUCAUUGCAGCUGAGUAGUCAAAAAAACAAAACAAAACAAAACAAAACAAAACAAUCACCAAAACCUUGUAGCAAGAAUGAUAAUGCUGAAAAAAAAAAAAAAGAAAAUGGGGGGUGGGUAUACUAUUCUCCCGUAAUUUGGGAGGUGCUAGGUGCUAGUUCUAUUCCUCAAUCAACAGUAUAAUGGCACUUUAAAAAAUAAACUUUAUCCAUUUUUCCUGAAAAGAAUUUCUUUCUCAGAUUCUAUGUAUUUUCACCUAGCAUUAUGCAGCACCAAAGCACUUCUCUACUUCAGUCAACAUUACUUCCAGUUCUACCUUUCGACUCAAGCAGGGACAUCAGUCUAAUUGUUGAAAACACUUUGAUCUAGAUUUUGCUAACAUCGAGUGACAAACUGCCACUCAAUCUUCAAGGGAUGCUGUUAUGAACAAAAUGCAAUAGUUUGAACCUGCUAAGUAUGUGAUUUCUUCCCAAUGACUUGAGAUCAGUGAACAUGCGUCUUAAAAGUAACUAUCCAAUCCAGUUUUCCCAUGCAUUCCUCAGAAACUCCUGAGUUUAGCACUUAAGAGAAGCCUUGUACAUUUUGUGUAGGUGUACACUUACUCAAAUUAUCUAUCUCUGAAAAGGCGUCUGUCUAGUUUAAUUCACCAAUUAUUAAAUCCUAAACAUUUUCAGCCAUAAAACUGAAGGAAGGAAAGGGGGAAUCUACCAAUCAACCAACAGUGUUUGAUGCGUUUAAGUCAAUUCCAAAACAGAUCCUGGCAGUCUAAGCACAAAAUGUUUAAAUGCACUCAUCUAUCAUUGUCCAACUGUGGUUGCCAAACAAAGGAACAUUUCACUAUGGAUUCUGACACCCAAGGUGUGAAACAAAGAAUUUCAACAUGCAAAGUUCCCCAGAUUUCUGACAUUCAGCUAAUAAAAAAAAAAAAAAUAGCCCAAUCUGACAAAAUUCAAAUGUCAAGAACCAAGUUCAGCGGGACCCUUUGGACAGAAUCUUCAUUUUAUGUAGAUGAAAACCAAUGCCAUUUCUUUAAAUUAGAAGUAAUAUUAAGUUCCUAAAAUCUGUUAAAUCAAUCAGCUACAACUGCAAUUAAGGUGAUAUAAACAAUAAUGCCUAAAAAUAAGCCACUUCGCAUUUUCCCUACCCAGUUUACCAAAUAACAAAUAUCAAAAUCCUGAAUAUUAAUCUUUCACUUUUCACAUUUCCAUAACAGUAAUAGCAGCUAUUUAAGGAAGCAAAGCCACAGCAAUCAGUUCAGAGCAAAUCUCAUCACCUGAUAUGAAUCAACUACUUCUAAAUAGGUUUCUAAAAACCCAUAAUGAAAUCAAAAUUUUCUAAUAUUUGUUAUGACCAGGUAUCUUUUGUCUUUUAUAACACAAGGCUUAGUACACAUAAAGCAGCACCAGAAUCUGCCACACCCUCCCAAAUAGGCAGCAAAAAGGACAAAGUUGACUGAUUUAAAACACUAAAUUCCCACAUAAUUAACACCUGAAACAAACAAUUUGGUAAAUUAUUUUCUAACUUGUGGAGGCAACUUCUCAUCUUUUCUUUCCUUCCAUUGAGAAGUGAACAAUUGACUCCCAGUUACUCAGUACAGAAGUAGUCAAUGGCACAAGAGCUAAACUCUGUCCAAAUGGAUAAUCUGCUAACAAAGCUGAGGAAUGAGAUCCUCGGAACCCAUUCAUUCCUGUCCCAGUUUAACCUAGGAGUUAAUCAACAGCUUACCCAUACGAAAGGUCCAGAUUCUCAUGCAAAAACUAUUCACAACAGAAGAUUUUAGCACUAAGUGAUGAGAAGUGUUAGUGAUUCACUAACCAUAAAUCACUAAACUAUAAUCACAGCAUAAAGCUUACUUUUAUUGCAAAUUUAUACUUUCCUUAACAGUUUUCAUGAGAACAUAUUUAAGUCACAAGCUACAUCAUCUUUUCUUAAAAUAACAUGAUCUUUACUAGGUGACUACCAGAUAUUUUGGCCCUUAUUCUCAGUAUAGAAGAGGCAAAAAAUUUGCUUUAAAAUACUUCUGAUUUUACAACUUCCCAUAGGGUAGGAUGACUUAAUUUGUACCUAAAAUAAAACUUUUAUUCUAAAAGAACUCCCGUUGACCUAAGAGUAAUCGAUAGCUUAGAUCAGGAUUCAGCAAACAUUUUCUGUAAAGGGCCAUGUUUUAAGCUUGGUGGGCUACAUACAUCUUUGUAAUAGAGUUUUAUUUUUAACCCUUUAGAAAUCUAGAAGCCAUUCUUAGCUCAGGGCCUGUACAAAAACGAGCCACAAGCUGCUGACCCCUAGCUGAUACAGUACCUACUUAAAUGACGUUCAUUUCCACUCUAUUACUUUCUCCCGUGGGAACAAUCUUGAUGGCUUUAGUAAUACACCUUCAUAUCUGAAUUACUUUCUGAAAUUAAGUUUCUAAUCCCUUAAACUACAACCCUUCUUUCAUGGUUCUUUAGUGAACCCCUUUCUCAGCCUGAAAGUUAUUUCAAUCACUUCUCCUAUAAACUUCCCACUUUUCUACCUUUAAGAUUCUCAAUUCGAGAGAACAUGUCCAAGGUCAAACCCAGGCUGAGCAAAAAGCAACUGAACCCGAACUCCUGAAAGCAGACACUUAACUCUAUACCUCAAAACCUGACAGUUUUGCAAAUGACGUUGUUAAUUACUUCACUAUGUCUGGGGUUUGACUAGAAAUCAUUUUACUGCCUUGUCACUAGAUAUACUCUACAAAGCAUAAUGGUGAUCAAGUUCUGGGUUUCUAAAGAUAAAGCCCAGAUCUGGCUUUUAAGAUUCAGACUCCACAAAUACUAAUUUCAUUUACAUGUUAAUUUCAGCAGAAUUACAACUAUCUGGGUUAAAGUCUAUCUUUUAAUCAACUAUUUACUUUCUUUAAAAAGAGUUACAUGCACCCGAGUGCCUGAGAAUAGUUAUACCAGUUACUUAAAUACAGGGAUAAAUGUCCAGGUUCUAGCAGUUUCACUUUCCUCCUUAAAAUUUUUUUAACCUUUUAAUACUUGUUGGCCCAAUACAUGUAAUAUUCAGACUUUGUAUGCAACUCCCUAAUAACAUUUUUCUAUUUCAGUGUGACCUUCUCUAGCAAUUAGAAAAAUAUCAGAAAUGAGUACUUAAUGUACUCCCUUCAAACCCAUGCCAAAAAUUAAGCCCCAAAUAUGUCAACAACCCUGGAGAUGAUGUGUCUGUCCUACUUCCACUUUUAAAAUAAAAAUGAGUAAAGUAACUAGAUGUACAGUACCUAAUGACACAUUUUUAGAUCUUUCACAAAUCCACACAGGUCUCAAAAUAGUUAUUUAACUAAAAAGAAACCAUAUCCCAAUCAUUUCAAUACAAGCUGAAAAUAUCUUAAAUAAAUUCUGGCAUUAUUCCCAUUAAGGGAUUUUUCUUUAAAGUAUUAAUAGUGUUUAGCGCCCUCCCCACCCUGAAAACAGUGGCAAGUCAUUAACCCCUGCAUUCUAAAUGUAAUCUAAAUGUAAUCUAAGAGUACUGCUACUUUUAAGAUCAGUCCUUGUAAUUCAUUUUGUAAGAAUUCAACUUUCUAACACUAAUACUCACUAAAACAGGCAUCCUUCCCAAAUGACCUUAUACAGCAUAGU